AUGGCUUUAUUCUCGAACAAGCAGAGGAGCGAGCAGGGCGAGAUCCUGAACGAGUACCAGCGGGGACGGACCCUCGGCAGCGGGGGCUUCGCGAAGGUGUACGAGGCGGUGAACCUCCGCAGCAAGAAGAAGUACGCGGUGAAGAACGUCUCGAAGCAGGACAUCGCGGACGAGAAGGCGCGGGCGAAGCUGCUGCUGGAGAUAAAGAUCCACAAGUGGCGUGAUGACCAGUCGCUGUCCCACCGGAACGUGGUGCGGUUCGAGCGGGUGUUCGAAGAUCGUUAAAACGUGUACAUGGUCAUGGAGCUGUGCCACAACCAGACGCUCAAGGAGCUGCAGAAGCGCCGCUGCAGGCUCACGGAGUUUGAGGUCAAGUCCCUGCUGCUGCAGAUCAUCAGCGGGGUGUCCUACCUGCACGGCCACCUCAUCAUCCACCGCGACCUCAAGCUCGGCAACAUCUUCAUCAACCACAAGAUGGAGCUCAAGCUGGGUGACUUCGGGCUGUCGACCCGGCUGCAGGCCGAGGGCGAGCGGAGGAAGACCGUCUGCGGGACGCCCAACUACAUCGCCCCCGAAAUCCUGCUCGAGCAGGGCCACUCCUUCGAGUCAGACAUCUUUUCGAUCGGAGUGAUCGUCUACACCCUGGUCUUUGGCAAGCCCCCUUUCGAGAGCGACACUGUCGAUGAAACCUACGACAAUAUCAAGGCCAACCGCUAUGAGUUCCCGAAGCACGUCGUGGCCUCGCCCGAGGCCAAAGAUCUGAUCCAGAGUCUGCUGCAGCUGGACCCCUCCAAGCGACUGAGUCUUGAGUAGAUCAUCAACCACCCCUUCCUGUGCCCCGAGUACUCGCUGCCCGAAUUCCUGCCGCCCUACACACUGACGGUGCCUCCGAUGGCCUCCUACAUCAAGCAGUACGUGCCGGAAGGCUUUGCCAUCAAGAUCACCGAAAAGCCCCGGCGGCUGGGCCAGGAGAAACGCCUAGAAAAGUGUCGGUCCUUAGACCGUUAUGAUUUUCUCGAGCACUUCAUCCAGAGUGACCAGGCAGAGCCCCGAGAAAAAGUCUUGGUGGAGCAGGUCAACGACCUGACCAAGAAGUACGGUAUCGGCUACAAGCUCUCGAGCGGGGCCGUGGGGGUUCUCUUCAACGACAAGACCACCCUGCUCGAGGACCAGAAGGGCGUUCUCUGGUUCGCGGCCCACAACGGGCAGAUCGGCCGAGUGACAGAGCCUGAAAAGCACCACAAAAAGACUGAGAUUCUCGGACUUUUCAAGCAGCACUACGACAACAAGUCCAAGCAGCGUGAUGACCUGCGCCUCAACUUCGGAUAA